UUAAAAAAUAUAAACAAACCGUUGGCGGGAAAAGAUGGAUCCGCUGCGUGGAACCGCUGCCGGUUCUGAGACGGAUGAGGACUUUCGGGUCCGAGUCCGGUCCAAGAGGACCUUGACGGAGCAGAUAAACCGGUAUAAGGAGGUUUUAAGGAGAUCUCUGGACGGACAGACGGACGUGGAUGCGGAGACGAAGCGGGUUCUGGUGGAGGAGCUGCUGGCGAACUUUGAAGCUGCCGUUCAGGUCAACGUGUUGGUGAACGGACAGACGUGGGAGGAAGCUCCCGACGCCGAAGCGGAGGAAGAGGCCGCGGACCUAGAAAGCCUUCUGGACGACACGAUCGUGGAAACCACCAGGAAACGCCGCAGCUUCCCCACGAAGAUCCUUCCUCACGUCAUCCACGGACUCAAGGCCCAGCGCAAAAUCCUGGGACUUUACGAGGUCGCAGUCAAACCGGAAGAGAUGACCAAAGACCCCGAUCAAGAGAGCAUCAUGGGAGGAUUGUCGGCGGCUGCUCCCGGGUUGGUCCGCCGGGCCAUCCAGGUCAUAAAGACCAUCAGCACGCUGCAGAACCGGGCCGAGGGUCUGGUCCAGGUCCUGACCACCGAGCCGAGCCUCGUCUCCCAGGAGAUCCACCGCCAGGUCCUGGGCCGGCCAGUCCCGGUCCUGGACCCGGGCCCGGGUACCGGGGCCAGGAACCAGCUGCCCCUCAAGAGAGCCCUGGAGGAGGCGGCCGCCGCCGAGGGCUACGUGCCACGCGGCAAGAAACCGGACCGGGAGCAACCGGAGCAGGACCGACCGGACUCCUCCAGCUCAUAAAAACCAGCACAUACGAGCCAGUCGGGCGGGUUCUCCCAUGAACUAAACCAGGAGAGGUUCUGCUCUCAGCUCGGACCCGUAAACCCGCCAGAGUCCGGUUUCACCGAGCAGGAGAACCACCUGAACCUCAUGUUCCUGGAAUAUAUCAUCUUCUUUAUACAAUUAUCAGUUAAAAAUCAACUUUAAUCUGGGCCGUCAGAACCUUUUGUAGAACCGUUUCUGUUCAUGUUUGUUUAUAAACUUUUAAAGUUUC